AUGUCGAGCCCGGGCAUCGACGGCGACCCCAAGCCUCCAUGCUUGCCUCGCAAUGGCCUGGUGAAGUUGCCGGGCCAGCCCAACGGCCUGGGCGCAGCCAGCAUCACCAAGGGCACGCCAGCUGCCAAGAACCGCCCUUGCCAGCCACCCCCACCCACCCUCCCACCACCCAGCCUGGCUGCCCCACCGCCCCGGGCUGCCCUGGCCGGGGGCCUGUGCCCCCAGGCAGGGCUCCCACUUGGUGGACCAGCCUUAGCCCCAGUGUCCGGGCCCCCAGCAGAGCGACCACCCCUGGCCACAGAUGAGAAGAUCCUCAAUGGCCUCUUCUGGUACUUCUCGGCCUGCGAGAAGUGUGUGCUGGCGCAAGUGUGCAAGGCCUGGAGGCGUGUGCUCUACCAGCCCAAGUUCUGGGCGGGUCUCACGCCUGUGUUGCACGCCAAGGAGCUCUAUACAGUGCUGCCUGGAGGUGAGAAGGAGUUCGUGAACCUGCAGGGCUUCGCAGCACGUGGCUUUGAGGGUUUCUGCCUGGUCGGCGUCUCUGACUUGGACAUCUGUGAGUUCAUCGACAACUAUGCGCUCUCCAAGAAGGGUGUCAAGGCCAUGAGCCUCAAGCGCUCCACCAUCACUGACGCCGGCCUGGAGGUGAUGCUGGAGCAGAUGCAGGGCGUGGUGCGCCUGGAGCUGUCAGGUUGCAACGACUUCACUGAGGCUGGGCUGUGGUCCAGCCUGAGUGCGCGGAUCACCUCGCUGAGCGUGAGCGACUGCAUCAACGUGGCCGACGACGCCAUCGCGGCCAUCUCGCAGCUGCUGCCCAACCUGGCCGAGCUGAGCUUGCAGGCCUACCACGUGACGGACACAGCCCUGGCCUACUUCACGGCGCGCCAGGGCCACAGCACGCACACGCUGCGCCUGCUCUCCUGCUGGGAGAUCACCAACCAUGGCGUGGUCAACGUGGUGCACAGCCUGCCCAACCUCACCGCGCUCAGCCUCUCCGGCUGCUCCAAGGUCACGGAUGACGGCGUGGAGCUCGUGGCCGAGAACCUGCGGAAGCUCCGCAGCCUCGACCUCUCCUGGUGCCCGCGCAUCACUGACAUGGCGCUCGAGUAUGUAGCCUGCGACCUGCAUCGCCUGGAGGAGCUUGUGCUGGACAGGUGUGUACGCAUCACGGACACUGGCCUCAGCUAUUUGUCCACCAUGUCGUCCCUCCGCAGCCUCUACCUGCGAUGGUGCUGCCAGGUGCAGGACUUCGGGCUGAAGCACCUCCUGGCCAUGAGGAGUCUGCGUCUCUUGUCUCUGGCAGGCUGCCCGCUGCUGACCGCCACCGGGCUAUCGGGCCUGGUGCAGCUGCAGGACCUGGAGGAGCUGGAGCUGACCAACUGCCCCGGAGCCACCCCCGAGCUCUUCAAGUACUUCUCGCAGCACCUGCCCCGCUGCCUCGUCGUCGAGUAG